AUGCCUGGAAACGAAUUUGGAGAGAGGAUCCACAAUUUCUUUGGACAGGAGGGCCUACCCCAAGAACAGCAUCAAUCCCAGGUUGUUGACGGAAGCUGGUCCAGUUUUAGUAAUGGUCUGGUCGCCAACCAGAGGCAGAUAGACCCAUCCCUUAUUGCCAAUCUGAAGAAUUAUAGCACACAACAACCUGUUGAUCCUGAGAGAGGGCACUCUUCAAAUCCACAGCAUGGUUUAAAUUUUACUCAGCAGCCMAUAAGGUCCGAAUACUCUAGAAAUCUAUUGCAAGACCWCCAGCAACCCACAAAUGGUUACAUGCAUGGGAACCGUGUGUUGCAGGCAUCGCCAAAUGAGGCAAAUUUUUCGGGAGUGGAUGCAGAAUCAAGUAGGGAUAGAUUAUCAGCGAGAGGAUUUUCCCCGGGCCUUCAGAAAAUUCKUYUGAGAUUUGAGAUGGGAGAAUCUCCAGUUAAUUAUGAUUUCUUUGGUGGUCAACAACAAUUAAACUCCCAGCUCCCUGGCAUGCUCCAACCUUUUCCAAGGCAGCAGAUGACAUUCAAUGAUAUGCAACUACUGAAGCAGCAAGUUAUGGUUAAGCAAAUGCAUGAAUAUCAAAUGCAACAACAGCUUCAAAAGCAACAACUAGAGGCCAGAAAUAUCAACUCUUUGAAUUCGAAUGCAGUAAAUGGAAACCCCUCAAGUGAUAAUCAAUCACAUCCUUUGAUUAAUGGCGUCCCUCUUCAGGAUGCAUCUAGUAAUUGUUGGCAGCCUGAUCUUAUGACAGGAAAUACAAACUGGAUGCAUCGUGGCAUCUCGCCAGUUGGUCAAGGUUCAUCCAGCGGGCUAAUGAUUACCCCUGAGCAAGGGCAGGCGACCUUAAUGGCACAACAGUUUGAACCUUCCUUGUACGGUAUGCCUGUGAGUGGGACAAAUGCACCUCAAAAUGCCUUUUCUAACGUCCAGAUGAACAGGUUAGCGCCGCAGCAUGGUUCUGCGAACAGAAGCUCCUCUAUCACCAAUCAGCCAACUUCAUUUCUGAAUCAAGGUGAUGCACAGGAUAGUCAUAUGCUCCCUAGAUCCGCAUACCAGGAGAAACUAUUGUUCUCCAAUACAUCAGUUCCAAGUUCAAAUAAUAGGACCAAUUUUGAAAGGUUACAGCAAGAUGAUUCCCGUGAGAGGAACAUUUCAGUGCAGGAGAAAUUUGGUCAGAUGGAGAAUUCUGGUCCGUCWYAAAAKUCAUUUKUGAAAGCGCCUGAAAAUAUAAAUGCUUUGCAGAAGUCGACAACAUUAGAUCCAACAGAAGAAAAGAUUUUGUUUGGUUCGGAUGACAAUCUGUGGGAUGCAUUUGGAAACAGCACUGAUAUGAGCUUGACAGGAAAUCUUAUGUCCAGUAGUUCUGAGCUUUUUGAUGCAUGCCCCUCUUUGCAAAGUGGGAGUUGGAGUGCUCUUAUGCAAUCUGCUGUAGCAGAAACAUCCAAUGAUGACGCAGGUGUACGUGAAUGGGGUAGUAAACAGCAAUCUGGAUGGGCUAACAACACUGUCCCACAUGCAAAUUCUCAUCUUGGUAAUAAGUCCCAGGAUCCGGGUCUCAAGGCGUCAAAUACACUAAGUAAGAGAGUCCACGGUGAUUUGCAAGACAGAGGAAAUAAAGUUUCAGAUCAUGCCCUUUUGGAGGAGCCAAUGGGUCAACGUAGUCAAAUGGCUGGAAAUAUUUUUUAUUCUUCCAGUUCUGGUAUCGAUGGGCAGAAUAAUUCGUGUUCUGUUCAAAGGAAUGAGGGCAUUGAAGAUAGACUUGGUAUCUGGAAGGCUGCUUCUAAUAAAAAUUUAGCUGCUAUGAAAGAACAGAAGAAUCAUUUCACUCAAAAUUUACAAAUGCAAAGGGGAAGCUAUGACUUUGGCAUUGCCAGUGCAGGAAAUGAUUCUAGGGAUGUCCAGGGAAAUAUCCAACAGCAUUUGGAUAAUAAUAACUCUAUGGUGAAGGUUAUCCCUCAACUGAUAUCUAGAGAUGGCAGUCAGAUUCUUGAGUCAUAUAACAAUACUGGAUCAAAUGAAAUGGUAAAUGCCCGUGAUUUGUCUAUGUUUCCGGGUGGGAAAGAAACACAACUUGGUGAUGUUGGUACUAGGCCAUCGAUACCUAGCACAUUCCAGUAUCAUCCCAUGGGUAAUAUUGAUGUCACUCAGGAGCCUUGUCGAGAAAAAGUUUCACAUUUUCGUCAGUCAAAGUCUCAUGGCCAGCCUGCUAUGAACAUGAGAAUGGACAAGGGACAUAAUUCACAAAACGACUUGAAUUGUACAAAUGAGGGUUUUAGAGGUAUGGGUUCAGAAAAUUCACCUAGUACAUCUGCUUCAGCCGACAGAAGUGUGGAUAGGACUAAUCAAGUGAAGAAUGCUUCGUCAAGGCAGACUAUGCUUGAGCUUCUUCACAAGGUGGACCAGUCGCAGGAGCAUUCCUUGGAAACAAAUGUUUCCGUGAUUCCUGAAGCAAAGACUUCUGCAGAAUAUGGUGGUCAAUAUCGGCAUAGUCAGCCGUCUGCAUCUCAGGGGUUUAGUCUACAGCUGGCGCCUCCAUCUCAACCAGCUCCUGCGUCUGAUAACGUUCAGUUUUCUCGGAAUUCUUUGCAGCCAUUGAAUUCACUUCAUACUGCCCCUGAAAAAGGAGGAACAAGUCAAUCAAGGUUUGCUCCGUGGGCAUCUAAUCAAUCUUUCCCUCAGCAAUCACCUUAUCAAGGACCAUUUGCGAGUAUCCCAGGAGAAACCAACAUUAGCUCUGGUUUCCCUUAUUCCAGAGGGCAUCACCAAAAUCAACUGAUGUCUGUUGCUAAUCGACAAUCAGCUGCUAACAAUUUAGUCAAUUCAUCUUCUGAGUUGUCUACCUCUCAAGUGAAAGAAAGAGAUAAGUGUAGCGACUUUGAUCAACGUGGACAUUCACCGCAAACGCCUUCCCUGCAAAAUCCUUCAACCCACAACAACAAAGGAGAUUCAGCAGAAGGAUUUCCUAUGCUGUCUGCUUCUCAGGCUCUAGUUACAUCCAGCGCGUCUCAGCAAAGUUCCUCUUCUGGUAUGAUGUCUGACUCACGAGCCGGUAUUCUAGCACCACAUCAUCGGUUUUGGAACCAGCCAUCUAAUCCUCAUCCAGACUUUUUACGGUCACAUCCAAUGCCCAGCAACAUGGAAGGGAGCUUCUCAGGGCAGGAGAAGACAACCCAAAAUGGAGGAGACGUGUCAGUAAGUGGGAGGGACAUGUUGAAUAUGCAUGAGUUGCAGAGUAAAGAUAUGGGUGCAAAACAAACAUCUGAUGCUGCUUCGAUGUUCCCCAAAAUGGUGCCGAGCAACCUUCAAACCUUUGAUCGUUCUCUUCUUUCAAACAACCUUCAAAAGGAUAACAUUCGUCACGAUGUGCAAUGGCCUGGAAGUGGUGAGGAUGCUUUACCCAAGAUGGAUGUGAAGAGAUUUGAGGAUAGCGGUGUUGAUCCUCAGAAGGUAGCCCCAAAAUGGGAACAACAGUCACCUUCAAGAUCUGAUGGUUUAGUUAGAGAUCAGCGAAUGUAUCAAAAGGAAUCAGUGAUUGGCCAAACUGUUUCUCAGAGUUUCUCCAAUAAGAAUCAUGCAGCCCCAGCUGAAGCAGAUCGCCAGCAAAUCAGUCCUCAGAUGGCUCCAUCCUGGUACAGUCAAUAUGGGACUUUCAAGAAUGGACUGGUGCCACCUGGGAAUGAUUCAGGGAGAUUCACCCCCAUGAAGAUAAGAGAACAAUCUUCUACUGUUGGGAACUCGGUCYAAGGUUCACAYUCUGAUCAAUUAUCAGAGCAGCUAAAUACUGCCGAUCCUGGUUACAUUGUGCAUAUGCAGCAAAAGUCAGGGUCCGCACCAGGAGCGGAGACUCCCUCUACUGAAUUAUUGCCUCAUGGUGCUACAGCUACUGACCAACUUCUGAAGGUUGAUAAACCAAAGAAGCGCAAAACCGCCACACCAGGACUUCUAUCUUGGAAUAAAGAAGUCAUGCAAGGUUCACAGCGGCUUAAGACUCUCGGUGAGGCCGAGGUUGAUUGGGUCAGAGCGACUAAUCGAUUUGCUGAAAAAGUGGAAUUUGAGACUUUACUUGAGGAUGUCCCACCAAUCAGAUCAAAGAGAAGGCUUAUAUAUACAACACAACUCAUGCAACAACUGUUUCGACCUCUUCCUGCUAGGGUGAUAUCUUUGGUUGCUAGUUCAAAUUAUGAGUUUGUUGCAUAUACUGCAGCAAGAGCUGCGCUAGGAGAUGCAUGCAGCUCCACUUCUACUGACAGAAUCGAGAGCUUUUCGCCCCCGAACAAUUCAAUCCCGUUGUCUGAGAGAACAAAAACCGAAAAAAUCAGUGACCAGUACAUCUCUAAAGCUGCUGAAGAUUUCAUUAGUAGAACACGGAAACUAGAGACCGAUUUUGCAGGACUAGAAAAUGGAAGUACAGUUGCAGACUUGAGAGUGGAAGUCCAGGAUCUAGAGAAGUUUGCAGUGAUCAAUCGUUUUGCGAGAUUCCAUCCAUCAUCCUCACCUGUGGACCGGACCGCGAGUUCAGUUAGGUUAAACCCACAAAGAUAUGUUACCAUAGCCCCAAUGCCUCAGAAUAUUCCAGACAGGGUACAAUGUCUCGCUCUCUAA